GCAUAUCUGAACUGUCAACGCAGAUUAAUGACAUAAAAUGACAGGUCUGGAACUUGCAACCAAGAGGCAGACACAAAGAAAUCAGCUCGGUUUGGACUAGCUUCUAUGUGGAUAUUGGAUAAAAUAUGAAAUUCACGUUGUUCAUGUUUUCAUACUCCUCAUCUCCCUGUGUUAAAUUUAUGAGUCAAAUCCAUAUUGUGGUUUUUUCUCUUUUCAAUGGUAUUCUUUUGAUUACUGCAUUAUAUAAUUUCACUUAUUCACAUAAAAGCAACAGAAACACAUUGAACAUCGAAUGCUACCAUGGAAAGGCUCUUAGGCUUAUUUGAAAAUCUGUAAUUAGAUAUUAGUGAGAGACGAUAUACGGAUUACUUCACUUCAAUACUGUUUGCUGAAAACUAAAAAGAAUUCUGUGAGACAUUACUAGUUAAAUUUACAUGUUCCAUUGCAUAACUGCAUAAUAUAAAAUGUAUUGUAGUGGUUGCGGUUUUCCUAUUUAAUUUUUUUUGAGUUUGCAUAACAUCGUGUAUUCAUGGAUGAAAGGAUUUCAGGUGUCUCUAUUCCACAGGAAGUCCUCCUCAGAUAUGGGGGGAUCACUAAUAUUCAGAAGGAAUACUUGUAUGGUGAAUUCCAAUCUCUAGAUUUCGUCUACAUACCAAGCUUCCUGAGAUCUCAGAUAUCUAGCAUCGACUCUUUGUAUCGUUACGGCAUUUGUCAAUCUCAUAAAGUAAUAUAUAAUGAGAGUUACGAAUACUUCGUGUGUCCCUCAGUGCUUCAUACAAAGUCUAGCUCUUUCGACAACGAGCUUCGGUUUUGUUGUGGUGUUCCACCCCAGCAAUAUUGCUGUUCGUCAUCUCAGUUCACAUCUGGGAUUCAUGUUAUACGAUCAGAUCUGUUAAUUUCACCCUCUAUUGUUAUUGGCGUUAGUAUUGGAUUUCUUCUGCUCGCUGUUUUCAUGAUUAUCUACACAUAUUCAAAAUUAGCAUAUGGAUUCCGCCAGAGAUCUAGUAAACUGUUUCAUGAAACAAACUGCGUCUCAUAUGGUCCAAAUAUCCCACGUCAACUAUUGCAUAGUUCGGAAUUACCUCUUUCAUCGGACUUGGAGUCUAUUGAACCUCCCAAGAAAGUUUUACUAUCUAGUAGUCGACUGACGAAAGUCUUCCCCGAAAAUACGAACAAUGAAAGUCUCUCCCAAAAUGUAAACAAUGCAUUACUAAUACCUUAUAAUAAUUCCGAAAGUGAACGAAUAGUUUUGAUCAGUAAUAAAUUAAAUAGUUCUCGUAAAGUAAAUGCCAACUCUACCCCUGUUAAAGCCCGACCUGUUAUACGAAAGAAGAGAUAAAACACAUCGUUCUGAAUUUUUUGAAUUUCUAUUCAAAUUUUUUCACUUAUUACUUUAUGUUCAAUAAUUUCGGUUGACAUCACACACUUUAUUGAAUUUUUGUAGAAAUUCACAAUUCCACAAUAUAUAAGAAUCGUGUAUCAUAUAUAUAUAUAUAUAUAUAUAUAUGAAGAGUCUUUUUGGUUUAAUGCCGAUUAUUUCACCAUCUUGUUAAUAGGAUGAACUCUGCCUUGACGUGGAAACUUGUCAUAAUGAGUUGAUUCGAUGCAAUUGUUAAUGAAGUCCAAUGCAGCCUUUGUUUCAUUGAGCUUAGCGUUCGUUAUACUUCAUGUACUAAUUGAGAAUCUUCAACACUUUAGGCGGCUCACAAUAUUUUAACUGGUCAGAAAUGGCCGUAAAAAUUCUUCAAGAGAAUAGCUCCAGAACAAAGAAUAUUCUUUUCAAUAACUUUAUCAUUAGGUUGUACAGUUAGACAUACAUAAUAUUGAAUGAAUUAGUGUUCCUAAUUUUUCUGACAUUCAAUGUGUUGUUAUGUUGAUGCUAUCGAACUGUAAUCCAUUGCUAUUACUAUUGAUUUGAUGUUAUUUAAAUAAGAUUAAUGUCGUUAAUAACAAUCAUUCAUCCACUGUUAAGUAUUUAUGUAACUGUAGGAGAUGAUGAUAAAGUUAUCGGAAAGA